AUGGAUGUGUUUGGUGGUGCACCACGUUUCUUGGCAUAUCCAAGACCUGUGGUGGUGCAAAGUGGAACUGAUGCAGUCCUAAAGUGUCAAAUUGGUGGUGAUCCAAGGCCUGCAGUUAUCUGGGAGCGAAACAAUGAAAAGAUUGACCCACAGGGACGAUACAGGGUCUUUGAGGAUGGAAACGUUUACAAUCUCAUCAUUUCGGCUGUGACCACAGAGGAUAGUGGCCAAUACAUAUGCAAAGCAAAGAACAGCAUUGGGGAAACAUACGCAGCGGCCACACUGAACGUGGAAGGCGAAGCACAAGAGAUGGAGUUACGGGAGGAAAAUAAGCCACGGUUCCUCAUCAAGCCCCUCUCCACUCGCGCCGGUCGUGGGGAUGAUGCGGUCUUCUCUUGUAAGCUCUGGGGAAACCCACGACCGGAGGUCAUCUGGGAAAAGGACGGCAGGAAACUCAAUGAAAUAUUCGAAAGCACGCACUUCAGUGUGGGCUUCCAGGACGGUGGAUGGUUCCAGCUCAAGAUCUUUAAGACUCGUGCUCCAGAUGGUGGUGUGUAUACAUGCAAAGCUAGGAAUGAGUUUGGGGAAGCGUUGGCAGGAGCUGUGUUGCUGGUUGAUGCAGGCCCAGGACAUGAGGACGAGGCAAACCGCAAUGGCUACACGAAUGGCCAGUGGAAAGCCCACCAGGGAAAACAGAGGAGUGGUAGGCAAGUGCCAAACCGGCUCAAAGACGACUCCAUGACCAAGUCUACUAAAGUGAAAAUGUUCGCAGUGACAGAGGGCAAACAUGCCAAAUUCCGCUGCUUUGUGACUGGGAAACCCAAACCAGAAAUCAUUUGGAGGAAAGAUGGCAGGCUGAUACUGUCUGGAAGGCGUUACUUGUUAUAUGAGGACAGAGAAGGAUACUUUACACUUAAAGUUCUGUACUGUAAGCAAAAGGAUAAUGGAGUUUAUGUUUGUGCUGCGUGCAAUACUGCCGGACAAACCCUCAGUGCCGUACACCUCUCCGUAAAGGAACCGCCUGUGCGGUUCAAGCAGCCCCUCAUUGAUCUAGAAGUGUGGGAGCAAGAUUUGGCUGUUCUCGAGUGUGAAGUUCCAGAGGACUCUGUUCCCAUCACAUGGUAUCUGGAGGACAGACGACUGCAGCCAGGGGCCAAAUAUGGAAUGGAGGAGUGGGGAACAAAACGGCGACUAACUAUCCGUGACAUCGGAGUUGACGAUGAUGGGAUUUACCUCUGCGAGAUGCCCGACGGGGGCAGAAGCAUUGCAGAGGUAGCUGUGAAAGGGACAAUUUUGCGGAAGCUUCCAAGAAAAGUGGAUGUAUUGGAAGGGGAAAAUGCAGCCUUUUGUGUUGAAGUGGAAAAAGAAGAAAUGGACAUACAUUGGUACAGAGAUGCCGUAGAGCUGCGUGAAACGCAUCAGACUAUCCUUAAGUCCUUUGGUCGAACUCACAUCCUGGUUUUCGUCAACACAAUGCCCCUAGACUCUGGCCUUGUGACUUUCCUUGUAGGCAGAUCUAAGACUUCGUCUCAGCUAAGAGUGAAAGCGGCUAGACAUUGUCCUCCCAGUUGUCCAGUGGGUGUGCAGAUCAACACAGAGCGUGCUAAUGCAGCUCUUCUCUCAUGGGUUCCUGCUCAGGACACAAGAAAGAACCCUCCAUCUGGAUAUGUGCUUGAGCGACAGGAAGUGGGUACAGGCUCACAGGAAUGGCUACAGUGCCUGACCACUGACUCUGCAACCUCUGUGGAGAUCCUUGGUGACAGCGUGCCAUGUGAAGCAGAUUAUCGAUUUCGCAUUUGCAGUGUAAACAAAUAUGGAAAGAGCAACAAUGUUGAGUUCCCUAAAGCUGUUCAUUUGGUUCCAGUUGCCAGAAUACAAGCUCCCUUACAGGAUGCCUUGGUGCCCGAGGGGCAAGACGCCCUCUUCUCCAUCGAGCUCUCUGCUUCAGUUAUCGGUACAUGGUUUUUAAGUGGUAUUCAGCUUCAGGAAGAUGAGCGUUAUUCAAUGCGCAGGUCACGAACACAUCAAUCUCUUCGCAUUCGAGGAGUUUGUGAAACAGAUAAUGGAGCCGAGAUCACGUUUAUUGCCUAUGGCAUCCGUGAUUCUGCCGCACUGUACAUUCAAGCUCCUCUUGUCAAGUUUUCACCCAUGUCAGAAAUGGAUCGAAAUAAAUUUGUAGAAGUUGGGAACCCCAUUGUGCUCUACUGUGAGCUCUCAGACCCUGCAGCUCCAGUGCACUGGUACAAGAAUGGGGUGGAGUUACAAACCCUGGAGGGUCUGCAUAUCCAAUCAGAGGGCACCAUGAGAAGAAUUGUCAUCCAAUCAGCAGAGUUCUCACACUCUGGAGUGUAUUGCUGUGAUGCCAUUGAUGACGUCAUCAGGUUCAAUGUGGAAGUAGAGGCUCCACCUGUGAAGUUCUCAGCAAUUCCUGAAGAAAUGAGGACCAGGUCGAUUGAAGCAGGCUGCCCUAUUGUACUCCAGUGUGUGGUGUCGGAUCCUGAGGCCCACGUUUGCUGGUACAAGGAUGAUAUGCAGCUCAUUUCAAACUCUGGUUUAGAAAUCCAAUCAGAGGGCAACACAAAGACAUUAGUUGUUCAGUCUGCAGAGCUGUGCCACUCUGGCGUGUACAGAUGCAGCACUCAGGAUGAUACCAUGGAGUUUCAAGUGGAGAUCAAAGAACCUCCGGUGUUGAUAGUCUACCCCAAGGAGGAUGUCCACCUUGACCGUCAUGUCCCUGAGGAAAUAAUUCUGAGCUGCGAAUUGUCUCGUCCAAAUGGUGUUGUCAGCUGGUACAAAGACGGUCAAAAGCUGCAAGAGAGUGAGAACAUCAAGCUCAAGAUUGAGGGCCCUUAUCGACGACUGAAGAUUAUUUCUAGUGGAGUGGAAGAUUCCGGAGAAUACGUCUGUGAUACAGCCGACGCUUCAAUAUUCUUUCACCUUAGUAUUACAGAACCUCCGGUGCGGAUUGUGUCCCCAAGUCAGUCCCAAAUGGAGCUGUGCCAGCAGACCUCUGAGAGAAUGGUACUGAGCUGUGAGAUCUCAAGGCCCAAUGCAGUGGUGCGCUGGUAUCGAGACGGACUCGAAGUGGAGGAGAAUGAUAACCUUAUCCUAGAGGUGGAUGGGGUCUACAGAAGACUUAUUAUACCAGAAACUACUGUCAAAGAUUCCGCCGAAUAUGUCUGUGAUACCGCUGAUGACUCCAUGACAUUCUUUGUAAACAUAGCAGAGCCUCCUGUUCGUUUUGUACGUCCAAGGAAGAUGACAGGAAGAGUAGACAAAGUGGCUGGGGAGACUCUGGUUCUAGACUGUGAGGUUUCAAGAUCAAAUGCCGAGGUGACCUGGAAGAAGAACGGGGAAGAAGUAGAAGACUCCAGAAAUAUCACCAUCCUUGAGGAUGGUGUCAUGCGUCAAUUAACUGUUCACUCACUAACAAUGGAAGAUGCUGGGCAAUAUAUCUGCGAUGCAAAGGAUGAUGUGAUGGAUUUCCAUGUUAAAGUGCAAGAGUUGCCUGUGAAGAUUCUUGGAAAAACCGAUGCAAAAACGGAAAAGCAGUUCUUAGCAUCAGAUGACAUUAUUUUAGUGUGUGAACUUUCAAGAUCCAAUGCCUCAGUCAGCUGGUACAAAGAUAAUCAGCUAAUUGAUGACACUGAGCGAUACUGUAGCGAAGAGCAAGGGGUUUUCCGAUCACUGGUUGUCCUAAAUGCUGGGCUACAAGAUUCUGGAGAGUACACCUGUGAUGCAGUGGAUGAUAAGAUGGUCUUCUACAUUACCGUCAAAGAGCCUCAAGUACAGAUCAUUGGAAACUCAGGCCAACCGGAGCAUCACAUCCUGGUAGCAGGAGAUGACCUUAUUUUGGAGUGUGAGGUGUCUCGUCCAAACGCCAUAGUUCAGUGGUUAUGGAAUGGCCAGAUCUUGAAACCAGACACUCGUAUAAAAGUUGACAGCUAUGACGUUGUGAGGAAGCUUGUUCUCUCUGGACUUCGGCCCUCAGACUCUGGAAAAUACAUUUGUGAUGCCAUCGAUGACAAAUUGACAACAAUUGUUGAGGUCCAAGCUCCCCGUGUUGUUGAGUUCAUAGCGGAGCUUCGUAACAUCACUGUCCGUGAAGGAGAAGAUGCUGUGUUUAAGUGUGUGGUUUCACCAGAGGACACUCGGUUGGUGUGGCGCUUAAAUGGCAAGCAAGUAGCUCCAACUAAGCGCACUGUCAUUUCAAGUAACGGGCUAUGCCACAUGCUGUGCAUCCACAACUGCAUGGUUUCAGAUAGCGGCAGAGUGACAGCUGAUGCAGAGGGUUCGGUAUCAGAGGCGGAACUCCAGAUUCAAGAACAACAGGUGUUGUUCACCAAGAAAAUGACACCAGUUGUAGCUGAAGAGUACAGUGAGGCCACUCUAGAGGUGGAGGUGAGUCUGGAUUCGGGAGAGGUGCAGUGGAUGAGGCAAGGGGUACUGAUCCACCCUGGGGCCAAGAAUACCGUGAAACAUGAGGGUCGAAAACACAGUCUCACCAUCCACAAACUGGCCAUUUCUGACCGGGGCACCUACAGCUGUGAAACUCUCCAUGACCGCACUCAAGCCCAGCUCACAGUGGAACCUCGAAAAAUCACAAUCAAAAGAGGGUUGACUGACAUUAAAACUACAGAGCGAGAAACGGCAUCUUUUGAGGUGGAGCUCUCCCAUCCCAAUGUCACAGGCACCUGGAUGAGAAACACAAUCAAGCUUAAACCAACAAAUCACUUCCGUAUGAGUGCCAAGGGACAAGUCCACAGCCUAACCAUCUCUAACCUAUCUGUAGAAGACACUGGCACCUUUACUUUCUGUGUGGAGAACUUGAAGACAUCUGCAAGGCUUAUUGUGAAGGAGCCCCAAGUGACCAUUUUCAGAAAACUGGAGGACCAGAAAUUCCCUGAAGGGGCAGUAAUCUCUAUUGAGUGUGAGCUGUCAAGACACAACGUUGUUGUGAAAUGGUUGAAGAAUGGGGUCGAGGUGAAGCCAGGCAAGGACUCGCGCAUUUAUGCAAUGGGAAGGAAACGCUUUCUUCAGAUCAUGAAAUGUAACGUCAGUGAUUCUGGCAUGUACACCUGCGAUGCCGGAGAUGUGACUACAUGCUGCACUGUGGAGGUCUACGAGCGUGAGCUGCAAAUCCUGCAGGGCCUCAAAGACGUGGACAUCCAGGAAGAUCAGAACGCGGUGUUCGUUUGUGAGAUCUCGGUGGAGGAUAUGCCAGGAGAGUGGUACAAAAACGGGGAGAGGAUACAACCCACCAGCACCAUCAAGAUCCGGCAGGAAGGGACCAAACAUUUUCUUCUUAUGUGCAAUGUGAAAGCAGAGGACUCCGGAGAGAUAAAGUUUGUCUCCAGACAUGUUGAAUCUGUCGCUUCUCUGGAGGUGGAAGAACUUCCCGUCAACAUUGUGAAACCCCUGCAAGACACAACCGCCUUUGAGAAGAGCCGUGUGCUCCUCGACUGCACCGUGUCCAACCCCAGGUGUAGUAUCCGCUGGUACAAAGGCAUCAAUGUCAUCCUGCCCUCCGAGCGCUUUGAGAUCUGCAGCGAGGGCUGCUAUCGCAAACUGAUCCUCCAGCAGGUGGUGCUGGACGAUGAGGGCACGUACAGUGUGCAGGUCGGAGAGCACUCUUGCGCCGCCAAACUGACAGUGGAGGCCCAGUCACUGUUGAUGGUCAGAGAGCUGAAGGAUGUGGAGGUCAGAGCCCCUGACGAAGCCUGCUUUGAAUGUGAGGUCUCAGAUCCCGUCCUCAAAGCUCCCGUGUGGACUCUGAACGGGGAGCCCUUACAGCCCAGCUCUCGGGUUCUCCUGGAGAAGAUCGGCCAAAUCCACAGGCUGACCCUCAGACAAACCUCACCAGACAUGAGUGGAGAGGUGGAGUUCACCUCUGGGAAAACAAACAGCAGAGCCCAGUUCCGGGUGAGGGGUGAUCCAUGAUUGACAUCUUCUAUCUGUCGUCACCGAAUUUACAUGGAUCGAUUUAUCAUAUUGAUGCUUUUAAGUUGUAACAUUGACAUUGCUCAUGUAUUUACAAACAGUAUGUCUAUAAAAGUGGUUUAA